AACAUGUUGUUCAUUCUUAUACUUAUUUCCUAAGCAUUUGCAGACUAAUUAAUAUUAUCAUAAAUUUUAUGGAGACAUGGUGCUCGUACUCCUCUUCAUUGUAAUUGGAAAUGCGAAGAAUUUGAGUAAUAAGGUAUGUUGAAUGGAUAUUUGACACCUACUGGAAUGAGACAACAUUAUGUUUUAGGAUAAUGGUUAAGAAGGAGAUAUGUUGAAGACUUAAAACUUUUAAGUUAGAAUUACAAUGAGGCAGAAAUUUAUAUAGAGAGCACAGAUGUAAAUAGAACAAUAAUGAGUGCAUUGAGCAAUCUUUAAGGCAUGUAUCCAUUAGGAACAGGUCCAAAAGUAAAUCCAAAUUUAAAUCAUUCAUAUUUGCUUCCUCCUAAUGAUAUAAUUUUUGAAGAUUUAGGAAAUGAAGCUAUUCCAGGAUUAUUGCAAGUAGUUCCAGUCCAUGUGAGAGAGAAGAAAGCAGAUAUAUAUCUUAGAGGAUAUGAUGCUGUGGCAUGUCCAAGAAAUGAAGAAAUAAUAAACAAUAAUGUCAAUUCUAAAUUAUAUCAUGAAAUCAAUCUUAAAUCUUAACCCUUAAUAUUAGAUUUAGCAGAAUAACUUUAAAUUGAUGCAUCUCUAUUAGUAUAUAUAAAUAAUCAUUUAGAAUAUAACAAAUUUAUAUGAAUAUCAGGACACAUUCGAUUCUUGUGAAUUUAAUGGGUAUUAAAUGCCAAAACUAAAAGAAAGUACUAAAUAAUAAAUGAAAUUACUACAGUACUUAUAUUUUGCACUUGAACAUAAUAUAGAUUUUGAGUAAUUGAUUGAUUUAUAUAUUAUUUUAGUUAAGCUCGUCUUUUGGCAACACCCUUUUUUACAAAAGUAUUAGAGAAUAUGGAUAAUGUUAUAAACAAUAAUACAAAACACAAGUUUAGAAUCUUUUCUGCUCAUGAUACUACUGUUGAAUUGAUUUUAAAUGCACUUAAUUUAACAACAGUUGAAUGUCUAAAAUAAGUUUAUUUUAAAUAGGAAGUAUAGAAUAAAAAUUGUAUCUAUACAUUUCCAGGUUAUGCUAGCAAUAUUAUAUUUGAAUUAUAUAGAAAGUAGGGAUUAGAAGAUUAGUAUUAUAUUUAAGUAUUGUAUAAUGGUACUUUAAUGCCAAUUUGUAAUAAUAAAUACAAAUGUGAUUAUUAAGAAUUCAAUGCCAUAAUUCAAUUUUAAAAUGUAUAAAAUUAUGAAGAAGAAUGCUGGAUAGUAAUAUUUUUAUAUGAAUUCUUUAGACACCCAAAAGUGAAUAAUAAAUAGCCACUUGGUUGGUUGUGACAAUUAGUGUAGCUUUAACUUUGCUAUUUGUAUUUUCUAUAUGCAUUAUAUAUUUAUCAAUAAGAUAGAAAAGAUUGGAUUAAUAUGUAAAAGGAGUUUAAUAAUUUGAAGCUUGA